CAAAGCAGAAGAGAGACGCGCAGCCAAAAACCGCAAAACCCCGGCCGCUCGAUCCCCCCACCAAAUCCCCGCGCGAUGUCGACGUCGCCGACGCCGCAGCAGCAGCGGCCGCCGCGGCGGGCGGCGUCGGCGCGCGCGUCCUCGUACGACGAGUCGCUGGUGGACGCGGAGCUGCAGGCGUACCUGGGGAACUCCCCGUCGCGGCGCAUCAAGAGGCUGCGCCGCCUCUCCGCCGACGAGCGUCAGCGGGAGACGGAUACGGAGGCGCAGAUCGCGCUCUCCCUGGGCUUCCCCAUCGACGAGCUCCUCCCCGCCGAGCGCCCCCUCCUGGCGGCCCCCGACGCCGACGCCCCCAACGACUACAUCGUCGUCCGCAACCACAUCCUCGCCUCCUGGCGCGCCGACCCGCGGGUGCCGCUCCCGCGCGCGCGCGUGCUCGAGACCGUCGCCGCAAGCUACGACCACCUCGUCGCUGCCGCCCACGGCUUCCUCUCCCGCGAGGGCCACGUCAACUUCGGGGUCUCCGCCGCCUUCCCCGCCGCCCCUCCCGCCGACGCGCCGCAGCGCCCCGCCGCUUCCGUCCUCGUCGUCGGCGCUGGCCUUGCCGGUCUCGCCGCCGCGCGCCAGCUCCUCCGCUUCGGCCUUAGGGUGCUCGUCCUCGAGGGCCGCGCCCGCCCCGGCGGCCGCGUUUACACCUCACGCCUGGGUGGGGACCAGGCCGCCGCCGCCGUCGAGCUUGGCGGAAGCAUCAUCACCGGCAUCCACGGCAACCCGCUAGGCGUGCUCGCCCGGCAGCUCGGGAUCCCUCUUCACAAGGUGCGUGACCGCUGCCCGCUGUACCACCCCGACGGCCGGACCGUGGCCACCAGGCUGGAUAGAAGCGUCGAUUUGGUGUUCAAUAGGCUUCUAGACCACGCCACCAGCUUGCGGGAAUCCCUCAAGGACGCCGCCGAGAAGAUCUCGCUGGGGGAAGGGAUCGAAACGCUGAGAAGGCUGUACCAUGUGUUGAGAAGCGAGGAGGAGAGGGAGGUUCUAGAUUGGCACCUGGCAAACCUUGAGUUCUCCAAUGCUGGUUGUCUAUCUGAGCUCUCGCUGGCGCAUUGGGACCAGGAUGACCAGUAUGAGAUGGGUGGUGACCAUUGCUUCUUGGCCGGAGGGAAUUCGAGGCUCGUGCACGCGUUAUGCGAUGGUGUACCAGUGUUGUACGAGAAGACAGUGGAGCAGAUUCAGCAUGGAGAGGAUGGAGUGAGCGUCACGGUGGAAGGAGGACAGGUGUUCCAGGCUGACAUGGCGCUCUGCACUGUCCCGCUCGGGGUGCUCAAGAGUGGGAGCAUCGAGUUUGACCCCAAGUUGCCUGAGAACAAGCUUGGGGCGAUUCAGAGGUUGGGGUUUGGCUUGUUGAACAAAGUGGCCAUGGUGUUCCCAUCAGUAUUUUGGGAUGAGGAUAUCGACACAUUUGGGUGUUUGAAUAAGGAGAGCAGCAAGCGUGGUGAAUUCUUUCUCUUCUACAGCUACCAUACUGUCUCUGGUGGUGCAGUACUUGUCGCACUUGUGGCGGGAGAGGCUGCUUUGGAGUUUGAAAAGGUAGAUCCUGUCGUCACACUUCAUCGGGUACUUGGUAUUCUUAGAGGUAUAUAUGGCCCAAAAGGUGUUACUGUGCCUGAUCCCAUUCAAUCAGUUUGCACGAGAUGGGGUAGUGAUCCUCUUUGUUGUGGUUCAUACUCUCACAUCAGAGUUGGCUCUUCUGGAACUGACUACGACAUUCUUGCCGAAAGUGUCAGUGACGACCGGCUCUUCUUUGCUGGAGAAGCAACAAACCGUGCAUACCCUGCAACGAUGCAUGGCGCCUUAUUGAGCGGACUAAGAGAAGCUUCCAGAAUCCUCCGAGCUUCAGAAAGCAGAGUGAAUUCCGAUCAUAAGAAAUACGCUCUGCAGAAGAGCAUUAGACCUCCUGAUGGCAUCCUUGAAGAUCUUUUCACGGAGCCAGAUCUAGAAUUCGGGAGAUUCUCGUUUGUGUCCUCCUCUAUGACGCCCGACGACCCAGAGUCUGAGGGAUUGCUCAGGAUUACACUUGAGAAACAUUUGCUUCUGCAUCCAGAGAAGCCCGUUCUAGAGGGCGACCAAAAGGAUCAGAAGCCUGCAGCUGAGAAGAAGGCAGCGCAGGAAGCCUUCCAUUUAUACGCCACUGUCUCUAGAGAGCAGGCGAAUCAGCUGCAACUGGCAGGCGACGACGAUCGAGCUAGACUGGCAUUGUUAUGCAAAGAUCUUGGGGUAAAGCUGAUGGGUUACGACUUUACAUGCGAUGUAGGUAACUCUCUGGUUCUUAGCAUCCUGAGCGCUCGGAAAGCCAGGAAGAGGCUGCAGCGGCCCAAGAACUCCAAAGUCGCACAAUGAUGACGUGACUGGAGUACAAGAUUCUUUUUCUCCUGUUUGUUGAAGAGAAGCAUUUUCAGUUAGGUCCAAGCAUGCAUCUCUGACGUAAGAUUGUUUUGUAAUGUAGUGUUGUACAAACUUUACACAUUGUAGUGACCAAGAUUCGCCAUGUUCUGCUGCCAGUUCCCGGUUGUAUGUUGCAACCCUGUCAACAAUGUUUGUGGACUCGAGUGGAUUAGAACUUGGGUGAACUGUCACUGUCAGCUGCCAAUAGAUCAUCAGAAUAAUUGCCUUUUACUUGGAUGAUUAGUGAUGAAUACAUGAUGCGUCA